GAAGAGUCCUAAUGGGCCCUGUCUGGCCUCCCGUGGGGCUGGCAGUCCUUGGCGUCCUUGGCUUGUGGAGGCAUCAUUGCAGUCUGUCCCCUGGUCACCCGGCCACCUUUCCCUGCGUGUGCCUGUCUCCUCUCGUAAGGACAGAGUCAUGUGGGGUCAGGGCCACCCUGCUCCAGGCUGACCUCAUCUUACCUGAGGACAUCACACAGACCCUUUUUCCAAAUGUCCGCUGACUGGUGUGCUGGGCGUUAGGGCUCCAUUGCCUGCUUGUGGGACACAGCCCAGCCCCUAACCCUUGUCCUGUUGACAGAGUACAAGUAAAACAUUCUCUGCACAGUACAGGCGUCUUUCUCAACAGCUGUGUCGUGGAGGGCAGGGUGGUGGCUCUGCAACUCGGGCACUGCUGGGGGAGUCGUGCAGAGGGUGCACACGUGUCGCCGGGCGUCAGUUCUGCCCCAGCCCAUGGCGGGGGUGAUCCCUCGGGUGGAUCCCACUCCUGUGAAGCCCACCUGUGCUCGUGUGUCCUGUGCCCUGGCGACAGUGUGUUUACUUUCUCAGGAAGGCCCUUGUAUGUGGGCCUCUCUCCUUAGACAAACAUGUUUUUUCCUCCUUUCCCCACCUGAGCUGUCUUGUCUCUGCCCAGGAGAGGCCCCAGGCUGAGAGGCUACACAGAGCCUUCCUUAGGGUCCCGAGGGAUUCUGGUUGGUUUUAGGCCAGAUCCAUUUGCCUUAGCGAGGGCCCUGGAUGGUGCAGACGGAGUGUUUCCUGUGCUUGCUUAAUACAGUUAUUACGUUUCGCAGAUGCUUCUUAGCUAAACUUCAGUAGAAUUUUAUUUCUCAAUUAUUCCGGGUCAUAGGCCUGUCAGUGGGAUGUGGAGGGUCCUGAAACCCAUCGCCACAGCGCGGUUGGAACUGAGCUGACUUGCCCAGUGUGUCCCCGGGAGACCGUUCAGUUCCCUGCGCUGCACCUUCUGGUGGGUCUUCUCCUUUUCCUAGACUCAUCCCACUCUCUCUCGCACGCCAGGGCGCAUGCCACGGCGCACGCUUUGGAUGAGCUGUCUGACCCCUGGGUUUAGUGCGACUCGCUCCUCUUCCCCGCGGCUCUCCGCCCGGGAGAGGCUUUGCGCUGUUGGGUGGGUUUCCCUGCCUAGAAGCUGCUUCUUCAAGUGGGGCCCCUGCACCAGCAGUGUCCCCUGGAACUUGUCAGAACGCAGCAGUAUUCUAGAACGUUCAGUAAUGUUUAGAAUGCCCCGCCUGGACCUGCUGAAUCAGGCCCAGCUUCCCUGGGGGGUGGGGUUGAUUUUACACUUGCAGUUAAGUACUGGGUUUCUGAGACACGGGGUCCUUCUGGCUCCUCCCAGUGGUGGUUAGAGGUGCUCUCCCAGCUUGUUUCCUCAGGUCUCCUGUAUUGAGUCUGCCCUCAUUGGAGGGGUUAUUGAUUGGAGCGAGGUGUUACCAGAGGCACUCAUUCAGGGAGAAAGUAUGACAGUUCCUGGACAGUCACUCUGUACCCCAGAGAAGGUAGCACAGUGUCAGCACUUUCAUUUUCAUAGGAGAUAUGCAGAGCAAGCGGUUUCACUUCUUGGCAGAGCCCGCUGGCCUUAUGGACUGACUGACUGAACAUGGACGAUGCUGUGCCGCUCCGUGUUGGGGGCCCACCGUUGUCCCUGCGAUGGGACUGCGCCCUCCUGCAGGGCUCCCUGGGUCCUGUCCUGCUCUCACUGUGGCCUGUGUGGUGGGCGUGCCGCAGAACCUAGCUGCCAGGGAGCGUGCAGCUCUGCGGGCUCUGUACAGUUUGCCACUCUUGCGGCGGAGCCCUGGAGCCCCUGGGUUGCCCCCAUCUUUUAGUUCACUGUGUGUGUACGUGAAACAUUUCAGAGCCUGACUCUCUGUUUCCCACUGUAGUGCAGGCAAAAUGCUGACGGGGAAACGGCUGUGGUCGUUGAGAGGGACCGGUUCAUGGACGACUUCUUCCACCAGGUGGAGGAGAUCAGGAACAGCAUAUCUAAGAUUGCUCAGUAUGUGGAAGAGGUGAAGAAAAACCACAGCACCAUUCUUUCUGCACCAAACCCGGAAGGAAAAAUAAAAGAAGAGCUUGAAAAUCUGAACAAAGAAAUCAAGAAAACUGCUAAUAAAAUACGCGUCAAGUUAAAGUCGAUUGAACAGAGCUUUGAUCAGGAUGAGAGUGGGCACCGCACUUCCGUGGAUGUUCGGAUACGAAGAACCCAGCACUCAGUGCUGUCUCGAAAGUUUGUGGAUGUGAUGACAGAAUAUAAUGAAGCACAGACUCUCUUCCGGGAGCGGAGCAAAGGGCGGAUUCAGCGCCAGCUGGAAAUAACUGGAAAGACAACAACCGAUGACGAGCUGGAGGCGAUGCUGGAGAGUGGGAACCCUUCCAUCUUCACCUCGGACAUUAUAUCAGAUUCAAAAAUCACCAAACAAGCCCUCAAUGAGAUUGAGUCGCGCCACAAAGACAUCAUGAAGCUGGAGACCAGCAUCCGGGAGCUGCACGAGAUGUUUAUGGACAUGGCUAUGUUUGUGGAGACUCAGGGUGAAAUGAUCAACAACAUAGAAAAGAAUGUGAUGAAUGCCACAGACUAUGUAGAACACGCCAAGGAAGAGACAAAAAAGGCUAUUAAAUACCAGAGCAAGGCGAGGAGGCAACGACACUGUCAUAGCAGCCAUAGCCCGAGAGCCCUUUGUCCGUGGAGUCAGAACACGUGUGCAGCAAAUCAGCACCCGCCGCCCAUUUCAUGAAUGAAUCCCAGACAUUGUGACAUGUGGUGUUGAGUGCUGACUUCUCACUAGCGAACUGAAGAACACACAACAGAACGUAUUGUUCAGUGGAAAAGCCGAAAGCGAAUCGAUGUGAUGAGUUAGCCCAACAUCCUUGGACUCUAAAUAACACACCACAAAACUUUAACAAUGUGAAACUUGUUUCAAUGGCCUUAAAAUAAGGAAUUAUUGAAAUUUUCAAUUUUUUACAUUUCAGUAUUAAAAAUAUAUAUGUAAAGUUUAAUUGGGAAUAUUUUAUGCUCUGAAGUCAUUAGAUUUUGGGUCUAAGACUUUCUUCGCUUCCCCUCCUACCAGCUAACAAGCUAAGAGACGUUUUUGUACUAUGUUUUUAAUUCAUGUUUGUUGUUUGCAAAAAUUUUUUUUAUUAUCACAGCUGUUUUGUAAGGUAUCUAUAAUUUUAAUGUUUAUAAAUUGUUUAAUAUAUUAACACCUUAAUUUACUCCAUUUUAUAUAUUAAAUAUUGCCUUUUAAAAUAAAUGGGAAACUUCAUGAUGUUAGAGCCAUCUCUGCACAGUUGUUUACAGAGUUUGCCAUUGGCAUAGAAAACCGAGGUUGCAAAGCACCCCUCAAAGCCUUUCAAGUGCCUUCUCUCCACCGUGGUCUGUGAGGUUCCCAUGUGCCUGAGGCCCUCCAGAAAAGUCUCAUUUCUUAUACUCUGCUCCACUUCCGGCUGCUCCGCUACCUGGAUAAUAAAUGAGUUACUGCACUGUAAA